AUUGGGUUGCGGAGCUGCCUUCUCCUGCGCCCAGCGGCCCUCAGUGCGGCUCGGGAGAUGGUGGAAGGGCCGGGUUGUACUCUAAAUGGAGAGAAAAUUCGGGCGAAGGUGCGCCCGGGCCAGGCGGUGCUGGACGUGCGGGGAAGCGCCCUGCAGAGCCCGGGAGGCCCGGCCUUGCCUCGCGCAGCCUCGCUGGCUGUGGUCUCUUCCCAGGCUGCUGCACUGAAUGAUAAUAAAGAUUCCAGCCAGAAUUUCUCGAGACUGUUGAAUGGCUGCGUUUACAGCGGUGUACAGACUUUGGGGAAGGAGCUCCUUAUGUACUUUGGGCCAAAAGCUUUACGGAUUCAUUUCGGUAUGAAAGGCUCCAUCAUGAUUAAUCCACUUGAAUACAAAAAUAAAAAUGGAGUUUCUCCUGUUUUGGAAAUACAGCUCACCAAAGAUCUGAUUUGUUUCUUUGACUCAUCGGUAGAACUCAGAAACUCAGCAGAAAGCCAACAGAGAGUAAGAAUGAUGGAAGAAUUAGAUGUAUGUUCACCUAAAUUUAGUUUCUCAAGAGCCGAAAGUGAAGUGAAAAAGCAGAAAGGACGGAUGUUGUGUGAUGUGUUAAUGGACCAGAGGGUGUUGCCUGGGGUAGGGAACAUCAUCAAAAACGAAGCUCUCUUCGACAGUGGUCUCCACCCAGCUAUUAAAGUUUGUCAGUUGACAGAUGAACAGACUCAUUACCUUGUGAAGAUGAUACGUGACUUCAGCAUUCUUUUUUACAGGUGCCGUAAAACGGGAUCUGUUAUCUCGAAACACUAUAAGGUUUAUAAGCGUCCUAACUGUUGUCAGUGCUGUUGCAAAAUAACUGUGUGUCGCCUAGGAGAGAAUAACAGGAUGACAUAUUUCUGUCCUCGAUGUCAAAAAGAAAAUCCUCAACAUGUUGACAUUUGCAGGUUGCCCAGGAGAGACACUACAAUCAGGUGGCCGUGUAGCAGUGGGGACCAUGUGGCUGGGAAGUCUGAAGAGCAGUGGGCAUGCGUGGUCUGUACGCUGCUCAAUAGGCCGUCUUCGAAGAUGUGUGAUGCUUGCCUGACUUCCAGGCCUACCGACUUAGCCAUCAAGAAUGAAGACAAUUCUAUUGGCUUUACCAACUUAGUGAAAUACCCUUGUAAUAGCUUUGGAAAACCGAGUACAGAAGUGAAGAUCAACAGGAAAACAGCCUUUGGAACUACAACCCUUGUCUUGGUCGAUUUCAGCAAUAAAUCCAGUGGUCUGGAAAGAAAAACAAGCCAAAACCAGAUACUGGAUGGAGAAUUUCAAAACCCUCCUCAGACUAACGUUUGUUCUAGUGAUGAUCCGCUUCACCCUUCCAAGGAGAGAACAAACCGUACCCCUCAACCAUCUGACAAAGUAAACGUAUCGCCUGCGGUCUGCGCUCAGUCUAAAUUAUUUAGUCCAGCGUAUAAAAAAUUGAAAACAACCCACUCCUCAUCAUCAGACCUCAAAAGUGGUCACCCUGGGUUUUCUAACAGUGAACCUGGAAUUAAUAUGACAGAUGGAGCUUGUGUGUUAAAUGCUGACAGUCCUCGCUGCAGUAAACACAACCGCCUCUGCGCUCUCCGAAUUGUGCGGAAGGAUGGCGACAACAAGGGCAGGCGGUUUUAUGCUUGUUCUCUACCUAGAGAAGCACAGUGUGGGUUUUUCCAGUGGGCAGAUCUGUCCUUCCCACUCUGCGACCAUGGCAAACGCUCUGUCAUGAGAACGGUGUUGAAGAUUGGACCUAAUAACGGAAAGAAUUUUUUUGUCUGUCCUCUUGAGAAGGCAAAGCAGUGCAAUUUUUUCCAGUGGGCAGAAAACGGACCAGGAAUAAAAAAUAUUCCAGGAUGCUAAUAUUUUCUCCUUCAGUGGGAUAUCUGACAUUUAAUUUCUUCACACUGUAUAUAAUGUUUUGUCCCUGUUUUGUUCAAUGGAAAGGUUGUAGACUAUCUGUGGCACAUUUUAUAGUUAUUGCAAUAUUUGAGAGCCGUUCAUUUUUUUCUUAAUGCGUGCCAUCUUUCCAUUCUAUGCCUAUUUUUUUGCCUUGAUGAAGGCUCUGUGUGUUUCAUCAGAUGUACAGUGUAUUCUGUUUAUCAUGUAUAAUGCAUUUAGUAAUGACAAUAAAGUAUUUUUAGUGCGCUGUU